AUGGGGCCUUCAAGCCGAAGUACCCGCAACGGAAGCGCCGUUCCACCGAAGUCAAGCCCUGUUCCCUUGCCCAGUGCACACAACGGCGGGAGAAGCAACAGCAACAACCAGACCCAUGUACCUCAACUAGAUCUAGCACAUGCAGCGGAGGUUGCGGCUGCUCGGCAAGGGGCUCCUUGGGUCCAGGGGCCCCUUGCCAGCGCCAUGGACACCACCCGCAGCCAGCAGUGUGCUAACUGCAGUGACUGCAUGCUUCCAUGCAGGGUCUUCUUGGGUCUCAGCGCUCCAAAAGCAAUUAAGCCUCCAGCUCCGAAGCCCGCGGCUCCCAAGCAAACAUGUCCCCCAUUGAGGCCCCUCGGGCCGGAAGCCGCAGGCCUUCCCAGACCAGGCCGCAGCGUGUCCAGUGGUCGCCUCCCGGCCGGCACAGCCACCAGUUUUCCGAGACAGCCAGGCCUCAUUGGCACUGUGCCUGUUGUUCUCUCGUCAACAGCAGUCCCCCGUGUACCUGAGCGUGGUCGUAGUCCAGUGAGCCAAACGGCGGCUGCCGGUGCCGCACAGAUGUCUUCGUUCACCCAGGCACAGCAGACGCAGCCUUCUCCUCAAUACCCGCUCGUCAGAGCUGCAGUUGUCCCUUUCAGCAAGCCAGGAGAAGGCCCUUUCGUGGCUCCAGUUUUGAGGGCGCAAGCCCCGACUCCCGUGAUCUCCACCGCCCAGUCCGUGCAAGGAGUUGCCCCUUCGGGCCAAUUACCCGCGUACAUCAUUCAGGUCCCAUGUGUAAAAACACCAACAGAAACGGCAGCACCAGCAGCAACAGCAGCAGCAGCAGCAGGGAGAGCAGCAGGAACAGGAACAGUAGUAGGGACUGGUGCAGCUACUCAACCAACAGUGUCAUACGCAGCGUUCGCAGCGCAAAACAAUGGUGGAGGACAAAUGGCCUGUCUCGUGGGCCCAAAUGGACAGAUAUACCUGAAGUCAAAUGCUGCUAGCAGCUCAGGGAAUGCAACCCCAGCUUCCGAGCAACGGAGUAUCUCCUGCAAUUCCCCUUCAUCUGGAGGACGCAGUCCGUCAGGACGCGGCGCCAGGGCACCGAUACCUGUGUUGGUGAUGCAAGGGCGAUCCCAGAGCGUGGCGCCGCCUGUGCCUCGGGUGCAGACAAUUCUAGGUUCAAAGCCUGAUGCGGCGCACGAUGAAACAGGAAUGGCGACUGAAAAGGUCAGGACGCCAGGAAGGGAAGCUGAGAAUAUCGUGGAGAGCCAGCUGCCCAUCGAGCUGGACACGUCACUGCGCGAUGUGCUCGACGGGCAGAUGCUGUCUUCCCGCUCUCGGCUUCUCGCUAUGGAGCUAAAGGCCGCGCGGGAACACUGUAAGGCCAUUCAGGAGGGCUUUAAGGAGGAAACGAAGCACUUGAAGGAGGAGAAUGAGAGACUCUUGUCAAUCGUUGAGUCGAUUCAAAGAAGGAUAGAAGACUUACAGCUUCAACUGGCUGCAUCUAGAAAGGCGCCAGCUAGCGGCGAGGUGCCCGUGGACGUAUGCUCUGGGCUGAUAUCGGACAUCAUAGACUCACGUGCCGGCGUAAAGUUGGCUAAGGAUCUUUCUGAAUUAGAGAGUAGAGACGAGAGCAGCAGCUCCAAAACGGGAGACGCGAAAAUUCUUGCUGCUGCUUCGCAGUCAUUCGGACGGUCAGCGGUUCCGGAAACCAAGGAUCAGGCCACUGAGAGCGGGAGCCCUGAUGAAGGAGGCCGCCCUAUCCGCGGUAAGCUCCGCAGUUGA